AUGAGCAGAGCUGUGCGUUUCUCAGAGUUCGGCCCUCCGGAGGUGCUGAAGACUGAAUCGGUCGAGCGCCCUGCUGUUGCGCCGGGUGCCUUCCUGAUUCGCAACGAGAGCAUCGGCGUCAACUUCAUAGACAUCUACUUCAGGACCGGCCUGUACCCCGCCGAGCUGCCCAACGGGUUGGGGGUGGAGGGCGCGGGCGUGAUCGAGGAGGUCGGGGAGAACACGACACACCCCCAGGGCCUCAAGCCGGGCGACCGCGUUGCCUACAUCUCCCCCGGCCCCCGCCUGCCGGGCUCCGCGUCCUAUGCGGAGUACUCCUCGGUGCCAGCGGCCAGCGUCGUGCGGCUGCCUGAGGGCGUCAGCGCGCAGCAGGGGGCGGCGGUGCUGCUGCAGGGUCUGACGGCCAAGUCGAUGAUCGAGGUGACGACUGACGUCAAGAAGGGUGCGCGGGGGCCGCGGCGUGGCGUGGCGCUCAGGGGUGACUGGGUGCUCAUCCACGCGGCCGCCGGCGGCACAGGGCAGCUGCUUGUGCAGAUUGCCCAUCAGCUGGGGGCGAGGGUCAUUGCCACGGUCUCCACAGAGGAGAAGGCAGCCAUAGCCAGGUCCCUCGGCGCCGAGGAGGUCAUCCUCUACGGCCGCCCCGGCAUCGACGUCGCCGUCGAGGUGCAGCGCAUCACCGGCGGCAAGGGCGCCUACGCGGCCUUCGACGGCGUCGGCCAGACCACGUUCGAGGCGUCCCUGGCGAGCCUGGGCUACCUGGGGUGGCUGGUGUCGUUUGGCAACGCGAGCGGCAAGGUGCCACCAGUCGACCUGCUGAGGCUGAGUGACAAGGGCAUCAGGCUGCUGCGGCCGUCCCUGUUCUCCACCCUCAAGUCGAGGGACGGCCUGUUCCUGGAGCUGGCUGAGAAACUGCUCGCUGACGUGGCGUCCGGCGCCGUCAAGCAGGGCGUGCACAAGGAGUACCCCCUUGAGGAGGCGGGCCAGGCCCACAUCGACCUGGAGAGCCGUGGCACCACCGGGAAGCUGCUGCUCAAGCCCUGA